AUGGAUCCGGCUCAGUGGACUGGGCUCGUGCGCAAGGUUUACACAGCUGCGCAGGAGAUAUGCAGGGAGCGUGGAGCUCCACAAAUUGACCCUGUUCAUCUUUUGUCGGCCCUAUUGCAAGAUCCGCAGCAGCUUCCUACCCAGGCCUUGCGGAAGGUCGGGACAGAUCUGACUCUCCUUCAUGAACAAGUAGAUUUGGAGAUUUCGAAGUUCCCAGCUCAGAACCCUCCACCUCAGUACAUUGGACCAAACCAUGCGUGCACUGCAGUAUUUCGUCAAGCUAAAACCAUCCAAACUGAAAUGAAGGACACUCACCUGGCGGUGGACCAUUUGUUAUUGGCAGUAUGCGAAAACCGCACAAUUAAACACAUACUUCAGCAAGCUGGCUGUGACUACAAGAAAAUAAAGGAAGUUUGUAUGAAGCUCCGAGCGGGAGCGCGAGUAACGGGAGAAGCGGCCGACCAAAACUUUGAUGCUCUCACGAAAUAUGGAAUAGAUUUCACUGACUUGGCGGAACAGGGGAAGCUGGACCCUGUUAUUGGCAGGGAUGAGGAAAUUAGAAGGGUAAUCCGCAUUCUCUGCAGGAGAACAAAGAAUAACCCUGCUGAACUGUAUGAAUUCUGCCCAGGUGUGGGAAAGUCUGCAAUUGUGGAGGGGCUUGCCAGACGUGUUGUUGAGGGGGAUGUGCCGUCCUCAUUGCGCUGCCGAGUGAUAUCGCUCGACUUGGGAGCCCUCAUAUCUGGUGCGAAGUACCGGGGGGAAUUCGAGGAACGUCUUAAAGCAGUUCUAAUGGAGGUUAAGAAUGCAGAGGGCUCGGUUAUUCUUUUUAUUGACGAGAUACAUAUGGUCAUGGGUGCGGGCAAGACAGAUGGUGCUAUGGAUGCAGCUAAUCUUUUGAAGCCGAUGCUCGCUAGGGGAGAGCUCCGCUGUAUUGGUGCAACGACCCUUGAUGAGUACCGAAAGCACGUGGAGAAGGACGCUGCGUUUGAGAGACGUUUUCAGCAAGUGCAUGUUCACGAGCCUUCUGUCUCUGCGACGAUAUCCAUCCUUCGAGGUUUGAAGGAUCGCUACGCCGCACAUCACGGAGUUAGGAUCCUGGACAGUGCCCUUGUAGAAGCAGCUCAACUGGCGGAUCGCUACAUUACUUCCAGAUUCUUACCCGAUAAGGCCAUUGAUCUCAUGGACGAGGCCUGCGCGAUCGCCCGCGUUCAGGUUGAUAGCAAGCCAGAAAUUAUGGACCGCCUCGAGCGACUGAUAUUUCAGCUGGAGGUUGAGGCAACGGCGUUGGCAAAGGAAAGCGACGCUGCUUCGCAAGAACGCCUAAAUGAGGUCCGACAAGAGAUUGCAAAGCACAGGGAAACACUGAAGCCGCUCCAGCUCCAGUACACCCGCGAAAAAGAGACUCUUGAUGAAUUGCGGCAACUUGCAUUGAAGGAAGAUGAGCUAAAGGCAAAAAUUGAAAAAGCAGAGAGGCUUGGCCAGAUGGAUCUCGUCGCAGAGCUCCGGUACGACGCGCUGCCUGGACUGCAGAAGCGUCUCACGGAGCUGCGAAAGGAGCAGGAGACGUAUGAAAAGACGCACAAACCGCUCUUGACAGAGGUUGUUGGCCCAGAGCAGAUAGCUGACGUUGUGCACCGUUGGACAAACAUCCCGGUGCAAAAGCUGACACAAACAGAAAAAGAACGGCUUUUGCAGCUCAAAGAAAAACUCUCUAGGCGUGUCGUUGGGCAGAUUGCAGCUGUUACUGCCGUAUCUGAGUCAAUCUUGAGGUCAGCAGCAGGGCUCGCCAGACGUAACAAGCCAAUAGGAAGCUUCCUCUUUUUAGGUCCCACCGGAGUCGGGAAAACGGAAUUGUGCAAAGCUGUGGCUGAAGAGCUGUUCGAUACAAAAGAACGCAUCGUACGCUUGGACAUGUCAGAGUACAUGGAGUCUCAUUCUGUCGCUCGACUUAUUGGGGCCCCGCCGGGUUACGUUGGCCAUGAGGAAGGAGGCCAGCUCACCGAGGCAGUCCGGCGCAACCCCUAUUCAGUAGUAUUACUUGAUGAAGUGGAGAAGGCUCAUCACCAAGUCUGGAAUGUUCUACUGCAAGUCCUUGAUGAAGGGCGCCUCACUGAUUCUCAAGGCCGCACUGUGGACUUUUCCAACUGUUUGCUAAUUCUCACCUCAAACAUAGGCGCCCAUCAUCUUCUUGCAGCGGCUGAGAAUUAUGUGGCCGGUCCAGAAAAGGCUGAGGAGGCCUUUGCUGAAGCUUUCACAAAGGUGAUGAAGGAAGUGCGACAUAUAUUUAGACCCGAGUUGCUCAACCGCCUGGACGACAUCGUGGCAUUUAAAGCGCUCAGUGAUACGGACCUAAAGGAGGUGAUGCGGCUGCAAGUGGAUGAGGUCCGUCAGCGCCUCCGCGAAAAACGUAUAGAUUUGCAACUAACUGACAGAGCGCUGGAGCAUGCACUAGAAGAGGCAUUCGAUCCAGCAUUUGGGGCACGACCCCUCAAAAGAUAUUUGGAGAAACACAUCGUUUCGGAUCUCUCUGUGAUGCUGCUAAACGGGGACCUUGGGCCAGAUCACGAGGCAAUAGCUGAUUGGAGCACGACAGAGAAAAAGUGGAAGUGGCGUGUCACCCGCCUACAUGGAGUAGAGGGUCAAGCGCAAAAUGAAAUGGAAGCAGACCCUUCCGUAGAAGCCGGGUUACCCCGAUCAAUCUCUGAAAGCAGCCGUACAAGCUCCUACACGGGACGGUCCGAGGCAAUGCACGCGGCAAACACAAAACGCUUCAGGUAUUAG